AGCGCAUCACCCCGCAGUUUUUGUGAAUACUGACAUAUGCACAGUAACCCUGAAUAUUUUAUUGGAAUAAUAACCUGGACAUCUGCAAAUAUUAUAGUAUUUUGUUUUUAGAAAUGCUUUCGAACCUUUAGAAAUACUUUGCCGUUGUCUUUCUCGUUUUGGACAAACUAACUCGUUUUCUUCAGCUGUGGGGAUUAAUAUGCGUCUAUAGGGAGCAGCCGCAUCCGUAGACACAGCAAAGUCAUGUUUGAAUGGGCCACAGAGAGUCUCGCUCAAAAUAAAGAUUUUAAGGGUGUGGGUGUGUAACCAGUGUGACCCCAUACCAGCUGCUUUGAUCGGAGGAGCAGAGAGUGGCCCCGGCACAGCAGAAGAUGGAUCGUCCUGCCUUUCUCAUCCUCCUGCUCUCAGUGGUGCUGCCCCUGCCCGCUGCCUUCCUGCCGUGCCCGCGGCCCUGCUCCUGCCCCCUGCCCUCUGAGCUGCACUGCACCUUCCGCUCCCUCCUCGCCGUGCCAGCUGGCAUACACAGGCAGGUGGAGCGCAUGAACCUGGGGUUUAAUACCAUCAGCAAGAUGACUGGGACUUCCCUGGCUGGACUGAGGAAACUGGAGCUGCUCAUGAUUCAUGGAAACGAUCUCCACAGUAUUCCCAACCAAGCCUUCAGGGAUCUGAUCUCCUUACAGAUGUUGAAGAUGAGCUAUAACAAGCUGAAGGAGAUUAACCGGGAGACUUUCCACGGGUUGUGGAGCCUGGCUAGACUCCACCUGGACCACAACCGCCUGGAGUUCAUCCACCCGGACGCCUUCCAGGGCCUCACCUCCCUCCGUCUGCUCCAGCUGGAGGGCAACCGUCUACAGCAGCUCCACCCUUCCACCUUCGCCACCUUCUCCAUGAUGGACCACUUCCACAUGUCCACCCUCAGACACCUGUUCCUGUCCGACAACGGGCUGACCUCGCUGCCCCAGAGCAUGCUGGAUGGCAUGCCUCACCUGGAGAACCUGUACCUGCAGGAGAACCCCUGGACCUGUGACUGCAGGAUGAAGUGGUUCCUGAACUGGGACAAGAACACACCAGGUGUGCUUAAGUGUAAGAAGGACAGGGCUUAUGCUGGGGGUCAACUGUGCCCAAUGUGCUCCUCCCCCAAGCAUCUGAGGAGCAAGGAGAUCCAGGGUCUGGACAGCCUGUCGUGCAGCAGCCCCGUCAUCACCACCCCCCAGCGACCCACCCUCCCGGAGGACACCGAGAGCGAGGUCAUGACCCCGGAGGAGUUCAGAGAGAGCUUCGGUAACAUCACCCUGGGCCUGUCGGAUGAGCACGGGAACAAAGUGGAUCUGGAGUGCGGCGUGGGGGAACCGAGAGAGACCACGAGGAUGAGCUGGAGCCAGGCGAACCCUCUUCAGCUGUCCGCCAACGUCACCCUCUCAGUGGACGUCGAGUGCCCCAUAGACAGGGACAAUUACGAGCGCCUGUGGAGGCUCAUCGCCUACUACAGCGACGUGCCUGCCCACCUGCAGAGGGAGAUCAUGCUGACUAAGGAGCCGGCGCCCCGCUAUAGGUACAGGCAGGGCUUGGAGAAAGAUGCCCUGUAUUACACGGGGGUAAAGGCUAACGUGGUAGCGAAGCCUGCCUGGCUGAUGCAGACCUACAUGGACCUGCAGCUGAACAGGCCCCAGUCCACAGGGAAGAGCGUCAAGCUGAUCCUCUCCACCCACCUUUCCCAGACCGUGGAGGCCGAGCUGGUGAGGAGACAGGCCAGGACAUGGGUCUUGAUAGAGUCCACAAACAGCACCAGAGCAGCACUGAGCACAAUGGUGGGCAGCCCCAGCCAAAUGGACUGUAACGUACAGAGUUCCGGAGAGCCGGUUGUCCGAUGGAUGAUGCCAGACGGCUCCCAGCUGGAGGCCCCUUACAGCAGCCCAGAUAACAGGGUGUCUGUGUCCAGCUCUGGUAGACUGCUCAUUAAAAACGUGGGCCAUUCAGACACAGGCAUUUACUACUGUAUCGCCCAGGUCCGCGGGGACCUCAGUAUGCUCCCCUUCUAUCUCUCCGUGGAGGAAUCCUCCAGUCCACCUCCAGGGGGCGAGGGUGGAAGCUCAUCCGUGGAGGGCUUCACAGGAGAUCCUGUCACCCUGCCCUGUGUGGCAUCCGGCUCUCCUGAUGCUGAGAUCAGCUGGAUCCUGCCAGACGGCGGUAUCGUGAAUUUCAGAGCUAACUCCUCUCGAGCGCUAGUCUAUUCCAAUGGCACACUGAGAGUCCCAAAGAGUCAACUAUCAGACAGUGGAUAUUACAAGUGUGUGGCCACAAAUCAACACGGUGCCGAUUCUCUGUCUACGAAGGUGAACCUCACAAGGAGGGCGGGGAUUCGACCACUGAGGAAGUUUCCCACUAGGCCUCAGUCUGCCUCAGGGGUCAAUACCAAAAUAAAGGUCCCUGUGGAGGAGGGGGAGGAGGCAUCCGGAGAGGAGGACACCCAGGGGGGGGCGCCCACGAGCCGGGUGGACCUCAUGACUCGACGGAGAGACCCUGGCUUGGGCAGGCGCGGCGGGCAUCCGUUCAGAAACUCUUGGCGACGGCCGGCUGUGCCGAGAAAAUCGCCUGUGACAGGGUCGCGUGUAGACGUCCAGAAAAGCACAGUGGAAAUGCGUAGGAGGACGAACGUGUCAAACAAGAAAAUAGACCCGGAGAAAUGGGCUGACAUUUUGGCCAAGAUACGAGACAGGAACAGUCAGAGUAAUGUAACACCCAGCCCAGCUCCUCACACCAAUAGGAGACAGCAGGGGCGGUUGACAUCCCAUAGUACACAAACAGUAUCUCACGACACAGAGGGAUCAUCAGAGGACACAACCCAGGCAGAGGAGGAGCUGUACACAUCCACAUUUCCCCCGCGCACACACGCACGCACACACUCAUACACACAGCCACGCACACUCACAAGUCGCUCACGAAUCACACAGCCUACAUCUGCUCCCCAGCAGCACAGUGACACUGUUACACAUUCACACACUCAAGGCCAGCGUCAUGUGAACACUGCCAGCAGCAGUGUUUCAUACGACGGUACUUUACGAGGGAAUCAAAGAACUUCCUCACAUGGGGAGGAAGUUACAGUGUCUGAGAUCUCAUCAACAUCUGAGGGGUCUGAGAAUGGGAACAAACCCAGCACUGUUAACAGCUCUAAUGACGAACUAGAACAAUAUGUAGACAGUGGGGACCUUCACCCACAGUCAACCACCGUUCGAAAUGAGUUUGAAACCGCAAAUGUCUCGGACUUUGUCGGUGAGACCACAACAGCCGGAGGUAGCACACAGAGUCAGCUGAAGUAUUUCACGUUGGACAUCUCACAUCCCCCGAUAAUGCUCACCACAGCCUCCCCCACGACCCAGCCCGCCUCGGGGGUGGCAGGGAGGAAGGAGCUUCCUGGCCGGGGGCACACGCGCCUCCGAAACCCUAACUCCAGGAGAAGGCACGGAGGCCGGAGGAGAAACAGGAAAAAGGAAAAGCUGAAUCAAUCAAGUGAGAAUAGCACGGCCACACCUAUGGAUGCUUUCCCGGCAACUACCGAGACACCCUCUACUACAGGGGUAAAAAUAGUGGCAUCAGAAAAGGCCCGAGUCACUUCUGCCAAAUUUAAUACCACCGUUCCAUUAAUGGAACGCCAAGCGACGUCAUCAGCCGGAAUGAAUCACAAAGAGAGCACAGUCUCUGUGGUGUAUGACGACAGAGGUGACCCAGUCUCGGAGUCCUCUGUGAGACCCGCCACCACUUCUCCUGAAACAAAGGAUGCCCUUCUCCCUCGUGCCAGACCACCACUCAGCAGCACAUCAGUGGCACCAGCGUUUCCAACCAGAGCUCCAGAGGGUGGACGAGGUGGACAGACCGUCCCAGCUCACGGCCCCAGGCAGGGAACAUCUCCGGGUGCAUCUCCAGAGCCCUCGGGUACGCCCACGGCUGCUGGUCUGGAUAGGUUUACAAGCGUGCCUCUUCCUGCAGUUAAACCUUUAGAAGAGACACAAAAGGGAGGCAUUACUGGAGACCUUAGGCCCGUGCCAAGUUCUGACAAGUCCUCUGAGAAUCCUCCCACUCAACUGGAAGUGAGACCAGAUGUAGAGCCGGGCGGAUCGAACCAUCAAUAUGAAUCCAACCGGGCUGAAAAGGUGGCUUUCAAAGAGAUCGAUGGCUUGUUACCACCGCAGCCCUCCUCCUCGUCUGCUCCUUCCAUUCAGCAGGAAGUCAGUGGGUCGGAGGGGGGGCAUGCUCACGGCGGUUCGCCAAACUCGACUUUUUACGAUGAAGCCUACGAGACAGAUCAGCUCACCACAAAGAAAUCUGUAACAUCUGAAAGCUCUCAUCAAGUGCCUGGCCUAACUCAAACAGUCACCAUUAAGUCGAGCGGCGCUUUUGAUGGCGAUCACCGUCUGGGAGAAACGCUUUCCACAAGUGACAGAGGGAGCACGUCUCCAGGAGGAAAGGCCGUCCCUGUAAACAGUGCAGGUAAUAAUGCUGUCAGAACUCCGUCUGUCACCUCAGCACCGGUGAAGAAGACAUCUGCUGUCGUCUCCUCCGGAGCGAGGCCUCAGACUCCCGCCCACGUCCCACACGCAUCCUUCCCAGGGGACAGGGUCAGGCCGAGACCCCCCACCAGACCCCUGGAAAGUCCCAACCACAUCCCUGACAGUCACAGUGAGAGGAUCCUCCUCCCUGGUCGGGUUAACCCUCUCUCGCCCAACAGCAGAGCCCCUGACCUGAGCGGCAGGGUAAACACAAACAGAUCCCCUGAUACUCACCCUACUGCUAGAAUACAGUCUGACCCCAGGUCAGACUCAGGCAGGGGUGGAGGUCAACUGAGGAUCACAGAGCCUAAAACGUCAGGGACACACACCCACACCCAGGUUGACACCAGCACUACGACACUUUCUCCAACGAGCGCAGGCACCUCUCGGCCCCGCGUGUCCUCGUCCAUGCCUCACAGGGAGGGCCAGAGGACAGGGACACCACCCCUGACCUAUGGUGCUUCAGGGGGGUCUCAGCAACCAGGAAGUGUGGGGGUGGCAGUGCCCCGAGGGAAACCCCGCAUCACUAAUGUCAAUUUUCAGAUGGUCACUGUGAAUGCAGAGAUGGAUGCACAGCUGCCCUGUGAGGCGCUGGGGGAGCCCAAACCCUUCCUGUCUUGGACUAAAGUCUCCACUGGGGCAAGUGUUGCUCAGAACACCCGGGUCCAGAGAUUUGAGGUCCAUCCCAAUGGCACAUUUAUCAUCCGGAACACCCAGCCUCUGGACCGAGGCCAGUACCUCUGCACUGUGCAGAACCAGUAUGGCACAGACAAGAUGGUGGUCAACCUCGAAGUCAUAGCCCAACAUCCCAGAGUGCUUCAGCCACGUUACCGCGACGCCACGGUCAACCUGGGUGACAGCAUUGAGCUGGAGUGCAAGGUCCAGGGACACCCCACACCCCGGGUGACGUGGGUGCUGCCUGACAGGGUCCACGUUGCAGCGCCCCCCGCUGGAGGCACCCAACAGCGCGUGUCCCUCCUCAGUAACGGCACCCUCAGGAUAACCCGAGCCAGCUACACCGACAGGGGGGUUUAUAAAUGCAUUGGGAGCAGUGUGGCCGGGGCCGACUCUGUCUCUGUGCGUCUGCACGUGGCGGCCCUGCCUCCCGUGAUCCAGCAGGCCCUCCACGAGAACUCCACCUUGCCCGAGGGGAGCACCGCCAACAUCCACUGCACCGCCAAGGGAGCCCCGCCCCCAGUCACGCGCUGGACUACGCCCGACGGACUGCAGCUCCUCCCCUCCCAGUUCGUGAAUGGGCGGAACCUGUUUGUGUUUCCCAACGGGACCCUGUACGUGCGCAGCCUGUCCCAGGGGGACGCUGGGAGGUAUGAGUGUGUGGCCAGUAACGCCAUGGGAGCCUCCAGGAGGACCAUCAUCCUGACCGUCCUGAAGAUCUCCUCCUCCAACAAGGCCAGGAUCAGCUCCUCCUCUCCCCAGAGAACAGAUGUGGUCUACGGGGGAAAGCUGCAUCUGGACUGCAUCGCCACAGGAGACCCAGAGCCCAGGAUCAUCUGGAGGACGCCCUCCAAGAAGCUGGUGGAUGCUCAGUACAGCUUCGACCCAAGGAUAAAAGUCUUUGCCAACGGAACCCUGACCAUCCAUUCGAUGAUCGAUAAAGACGGUGGUGACUACCUGUGUGUCGCACGUAACAAACUGGGCGAUGACUACGUGUUGCUGAGAGCCAGCGUGCUGGCCAAGCCGGCCAAGAUCGAACACAAACAGUCGCUGAGCAGCCAGGAGGUCCUAUACGGGGGCGAGCUGAAAGUGGACUGCGUGGCGUCCGGCCACCCCAACCCAGAGAUCAGCUGGGCCCUGCCGGACGGAACCAUGGUCAACCCUCUCAAGCAGACAGACCGGGCCGGAGGCCGCAGCCGCAGGUACGUGGUGUUCGACAACGGAACGCUUUACUUCAACGACGUGGGGAUGAGAGAGGGGGGCGACUACACGUGCUACGCUGAGAACCAGAUGGGCAAGGAUGAGAUGAAGGUGCACGUCAAGGUCGUGGCCGAACCCCCUUCCAUCAGAGACAAGCGGCCCGAGGUCAUCAGGGUGUUGUAUGGGGAGACGGUGACUCUGAAGUGCAGCGCCAAGGGAGAGCCCGUCCCUGUCAUCUCCUGGAUGUCCCCGACGAACAGGGCCAUCCCGUCUGCCUCCGACAAAUACCAGAUCCGUAACGACGGCACCCUAGUGGUCCACAACGCCCAGCGCUUUGACGCUGGGAACUACACGUGCACAGCCCGGAACAGUGCGGGCCAGGACCGGAAAGUCACCCAGGUCGACGUCCUGGUCACCCCUCCAACCAUCAACGGCCUGAGGGGCGUGGCCAACACCAUGCGAGUGACGGCGGUCAGGGACCAGCGUAAGCUGGUGGACUGCGCUGCCGUGGGAACCCCCGUCCCCCGGGUCAUGUGGGUCCUGCCAGAGAACGUCGUCCUCCCGGCGCCGUACUACGGUAGCAGGAUGACGGUCCAUCGGAACGGCACUCUGGAGAUCCGUGCGGUCAAGAGGAGCGACUCGUCCCAGCUAGCUUGCAUCGCCCGCAACGAGGGAGGGGAGGCCAGGCUGACGGUGCACCUGGAAGUGAAUGAUGUGGUGGAGAGGCCACAGCUCAGGGGCCCGAAAACCGAGAGCCUGUCUUUGACUGUGGGCAGUACCAUGACUCUGAACUGCUCCUUUGAAGGUGCAGCUAUGCCCCAGGUCACCUGGAUCCUGCCUAAUGGCUCCCCUCUUGUGAGCGGAGCCCAAUAUGCCAAAUUCCUCCACAGGCCAGAUGGCUCUCUUGUCAUCAGUAAUCCCUCAGUCUUGGAGGCCGGGAUGUAUCGAUGCCUGGGGCGCAACGCUGCAGGGCUGGUGGAGCGUACCGUCACACUGACCCCAGGGAGGACGCCACAGAUUAACAACAAGUACAAUUCCCCUAUCACCUUAAUGAAUGGAGAGACUCUCCUUCUUCACUGCCUGGCUAGCGGGGACCCUCUCAGGCUCACAUGGACCCUCCCCAGUGGGGUGGUCCUGGGGCGGCCGCAAAGGACAGGACGCUAUGCCGUUCUGUCUAAUGGGACCCUGGCCAUCCAGCAGGCCUCCGUCUACGACAGGGGCUCCUAUGUCUGCCGGGCGGCCAACGAGCUGGGCAGCGCCCUGCUGCCUGUGUCCGUCAUCGUGAUCGCCUACCCGCCCCGCAUCACCAGCGGCCCGCCCCCUACCACGUACGCCAGGCGCGGUGUCGCCGUGCAACUGAAUUGCUUGGCGACGGGCAUCCCGAGGGCCGAGGUGGCGUGGGAGACGCCGGACAGGACGCGGCUGGCGGUCAGCGCCCAGCCACGCCUCUUUGGUAACAAGUACCUGCACCCUCAAGGCUCUCUGAUCAUCCAGAACCCCUCUCAGAGAGAUGCAGGCUUCUACAAGUGCUCGGCCAGAAACGUGAUAGGGGUGGACACCAAGACUACGUACCUUCAUGUGUUCUGAGUAGGUCUGAACAAAAACGAUUGACCACAUGCCCUUAUAACUGCCAUUAUGCUUCCCUUUCAGAAAUAUUGGAGGAACUGUCAAAGCUAUAAACAUGGUUUCAGGGGGUAUAGAUAGCCAUUAUUGUUUUUUCUUCUAAAAAGUCACUUUGUACAAUAUAUUGAGCACUCAAGAUAAUGUCAGUCAUCAUCAUAAUUGGUCAGAGUCAUUUUCAGAUAAUUUUGAAUAGAGAGCAAAGCCUUUAAAGUAUUAUUAUUUGUAGCAAUUAUAAAAACUGUAAAAAGAGCUCUUUUCAAAUGGGCUGCUUUUCUUUGUCUAUUCUGACAAUGACAACUUAUGUCAAACUGUAUAGAUUUACAUAGCUUUAUACAUUUAUAUUUGCUAAUGGGAAAUAUUUUAAGUUAUCUGUUGAUAUGGAAAAUAUGUAUUAUUACUUUGUGUAUAUGAUCAACGAACUUGUUUUAUAGACAUAUCAGCCAUGAAUACCAUGGUACCAUUAUAUUUUAUUUCAUUUUCAUCAUCCGUAAUAUGUUCUAUGAUCCAUCCUUCUGCUGGAUUUAGGAUUGUCAGUUCAUUUUUUCCACUUUUAUUUAUCCAAAAAGUUAUAUUAGACCAAGGUCCAUUUUGCAACGGAAGCCUGCUCCAAAAAAAACUGCAAGAAUUUACAAACAUUCACAAACAAUUUACUCAACUAACUGUGAUUCUUAUUUUGUUGUCUGCUACCAGUCCAAAUGUGUUUCAUAUUAGUCAUAUGUUCUUGAUUUUAAAUUAUUUGUCUUUAAAAGGACUCUGGUGCAUUGGAAUUUCACAUAUUUUAAUAAAGUUCAACAUAGUUUUAAAUUAUAGUA